UGAUGGUUAACCAGAAAAUUGAUCAACGGAAAAAUCAUGUGGAGAGUCCAGUUAAAAUGAAUAGAAAAGAGUUAUUUGAAGCAGUAUUGGAAGAUAUGACACUUUCAGAAGUGAAAGAUGUUCUCUCCUCACUUGGUCAGAGCUUUAGAAAGAGAUCGAAGCGAGAAGAAUUGGUAAAUAUUAUCAGAAAUCAUCCUGAUGUGACCGCAGAAUUCUUGCGGCGCGCUACAAGAACGGAAUCCAUCUCUAUGCAAACGAAAACAACAUCGGGCCGAUCUAACUCGCAAGAUUCAAGUUAUAAUUUGCGAAGACGCAGUACUAGCAGUUCCAGACAGAAUCCAUCUGUUGAUUCUCCGAAGAAGAAGCGGACCUCUGCGGGCGGCAAUGACAAUCAAAAGCAAGUCAAAUCACCUCAAAUAAAUUCAGCAGUAUCCGAGAAACCAAUGGCAAACGGUCAUCACAUCACUUCGAAUGAACCGGGUACGCCAUCUAAAGCAAGUAAGAAAUCUGAGAAACGAACUGCGAAGAAAAAAGGGAAAUCCAGUGAAGCCGAGGAUACCAUUGCCAUUUGGUCACAUCCUUUUACAACAUUGUUUUACUUCGCCUUAGACUGUUAUGAAAAGAGUAAAGAUAUGUUGCAGUAUUUAUGGUUGCAUAAAUUAACGGUACUAAUCUUUUUAUCACUUUUCUCUGUUUUCUUUUCCCUGGAUCGAAUGCCUGGUAGGCAUCAAGCAGUCUUUACAGUUGUCAAGGAAAAUUUCAAUUUGUGUUUCUACUGGAUUUUUCUAGGAAUUUUAUCUUCAGUUGGUUUGGGAACGGGCCUGCAUACUUUUUUGUUAUACCUUGGACCGCAUAUAGCAUCUGUAACUCUUGCUGCAUUCGAGUGCAAUUCGGUCGAUUUCCCAAGCCCGCCGUAUCCAACGGAAAUCAAUUGCCCUGAUCACGUGCCGGAGGUUCCUAUGACAAUAUGGAAGAUCUUGUCCAAAGUUAGACUGGAAGCCUUCAUGUGGGGCCUUGGAACAGCAUUAGGCGAACUACCUCCAUACUUUAUGGCCAGAGCAGCCCGACUUUCUGGAACUCAAGAUCUGGACGCCGAACUGGUUGAAUUGGAAGAAUUGAGAAAACUUGCCGACGCAAGACCGGAUCAGGUUGCAUUUUCAGUUAGAUGUAAAAUACAAGUUGAAAGAUUGAUUGAGAAAGUUGGCUUCCCUGGAAUCCUUCUGAUGGCGUCCAUUCCGAAUCCGCUCUUUGACCUCGCUGGCAUAACAUGUGGAUACCUUUUGGUUCCAUUUUGGCAGUUUUUCGGCGCAACUGCGAUAGGAAAAGCCAUCGUGAAAAUGCAUAUACAGAAAGUAUUUGUGAUAAUGAGUUUCAGUGAACAUCAUGCGGAGCAUUUUGUGCAGCUGAUUGGAAAAAUUCCUUAUCUAGGACCUAAAUUACAGGCACCGUUUCAAGAGUUCUUUGCGAAUGAGAAGCAGAAAUUGCAUAGAAAAGCGGGAAGCGCGGCGUUUGUGGCAAAACAAAGCUGGUUGUCUUGGGUGUUUGACAAACUGGUACUAGCAAUGGUGCUAUACUUUGUCGUUUCAAUUGUGAAUUCGAUGGCCCAGUCGUGCUAUAAACGUAGAAACGAGGUUAAAAAUAAAGAGAACAAUAAAAAGUCGAAAUAAAAUUCAUCUGAGAGUCAGCGACGAGUGGAAAUCGAAAUCAUUUUGGGACAUUCUCAUCUGAAGUCAUCAGUUUUUUGUUGCCCAUUUGCCGUUGCCUUUACUGUGCAUUUCAUCAUUAAAAUGCUAUAUAUUUAACAAGCCAUGUUUUUUGGCCAAAUUUUCAUUCCAAAUACAUUGAAUUUUAGUGUUUCAUUGUAAUCAUUUAAUGGAGUUUUAUAAAUGAAUAAUUAUUUAUGAAUUUCCAUUUAAUUUAUGGAUUUAUUAUAUGUACACUACUGCGUCUUGUCAGUUUGUCGCACUGCCUAACCAGAAUUUGAAAGUAGUGCAGUAUCUACGGUGAUAGAUCCUGUGUGUAACUUGUGGUAUGUAUUGUUUAUCU